AUGACUGAAAUGCAAAUUGCUCUUAUUCGACUCAUUACUCAAGAUAAAUAUACGCUUCAAUCGUUCGCCAAUUUUCCAUUAUUUUCUCGAUCAUUGCGUGAUUUUUGGGGUCGACGAUAUAAUCGACUCAAAUGUAAUACACGAGCAACUGAAUUAAUUGUGGAUAAAUCAUUAAACGUUGUCAAAGGUAUAAAAUAUCGAUCGAAGCAAAAUAUUGGUUCACCAUCGUUUGAUAUGUAUGGUGAUUUUAUUAUUGAUUGUACUGGUCGCUAUACAUCAUCACCUAACUGGCUAAACGAGAAUUUCAAUUUAAUUGUACCGACUAUACAAAUACAUUUCGGUUGUAGUUAUGUUACAUUUAUUGGUGAAAGAUUUCGAAUUGGUGAUUCAUCGUUCGAUUCAGCACUUGUUAUUAGUAAUCCAGUUGAUUCUCCUGAGAAAAAUGUAGGAUUUAUUGUAAUUCCAAUACGUACCAUAAAAACAAAUAAUGAAAAUUCAUUAGGAACAUCGUCAACAAUCGCCAUUAAUUGUGUAAAUUCUGAAUAUCCACCGAAUGAUUCAUACGAAAACCUAUUAGAAUGGACAAAAGAAAAUCUAGAUCCAAAAUAUUAUACAAUUUUAAAAGCAGCAAAAGUAUGCAGUCCAUUAAUUCCAUCUCGUCACGCGAUCGAUGAUCGAAAAUAUGUCGAAUCGUUGGGAAAGAAAUGGCCCCAAAAUUAUAUAUUAUUAGGUGAUUCAAUGUGUUCAUUCAACCCUCAAUAUGCGCAAGUCAUUUCUGAAGAAUGUUGGUUCGCUUCGACGACUAAUGAUUGGAAAACACCAACAUUGAAAGUGAUCGAAACUGACAAAUAUGGUCAAGUUAAAACUUAUCAACGUGAUGGUAAUUCAACUUCAACUAACAAUCCUGAACCACGAAUACCUAUCAUGAUUCGAUUUAUGCAAUGGUUACGCGUGCCACGUGUCAGAAAUCAUCCACAUGCUGUUCUUCAUCAUCUAAAUCAUGUACCACAUUGGGAAGAGAGAACGGUAGAUUCAGUGUUGGCUGAAAAUAUCGGCGAGGGAACAAAAGAUAAUCCAUUUGUCAUCUAUCGUGAUGCUCAUUCAAUGGGCACCGGUUCACAUCAACGUUUACGUUUUGUCUGUGUAUCUGAUACUCACAAUCAAAUUGACAGAUUGAUAAUUCCACAUGGUGAUGUAUUUGUUCAUUGUGGCGAUGCCGUCAACUAUAUGACAUGCACUCGUGAUUUAAUCAAUUUCAAUAAAUUUGUUGGCACCCUUCCACAUACUCACAAAUUAUUCAUCAGUGGUAACCAUUGUGUAUCUCUCAAUCCUAAACGACCAGAUCUUACGCAAAAAAUACUUAGUAAUAUGACUUAUAUUCAAGAUCAAGUCAUCGACAUUGAAGGCGUACAGAUUUACGGUAGUUCAUGGCACCCAAAACGCGGCAUUUUAUAUAGAUCUAACGCGUUCGGCUAUCAUCACAAAAAGAUCCGAGCGGAUAAAUGGACGCAGAUUCCAGAAAAUAUCGACAUAUUACUCACACACAGUCCACCGUACAGUAUUCGAGACUACAAUCCGUUGAAUGCAAAACAUAUGGGUUGUCCAGGUUUACUAGAUGAAAUUGUCACACGAGUCAAACCUCGCAUUCAUCUCUUUGGUCACAUACAUGACGAUCAUGGUGCAAGUCUGUACAUAAGUGAAGACAAUCAAGCGUUAGCAGAAGGCAACUCCAUAUCCUCAUCUCACGAUAUUCUCUUUGUGAAUUUAGCUAUUGAUCAUGGACAACGACUCGGUAAACCAGUUGUGAUCGAUUAUUUCUAUUGA